UCAAUUCUGCAAGUGGUUCUGAUUUACUAUCGCUGUUCUCUAGCUGAUCUAAAACCGCUCUUGACCUAAAGGGACGCUUUUUGGACGCCAUGGACUUUUCUCAGUUUCCAGGCAGAAAGAACAGUAAAAAUGCAGGCAGGGCACAGGACAAAGCACUCGGGACAAAAUGUAUGUGAAAUGCUUUGAAACAAAAAUGACAGUUUCUAAAAUUUUUAAAUUUGCCGCCGGUUCCGCCCCCCCGUACGUCCCGUACGUCCCUACGCUCACAGGGACUGGAACACGGAAGCCGGAUGCCUGCAUUGGCCAGAGGAGAUGGCCGGGGACGCUGCAGGGGACACAU